AUGGUUUCUACGGCCAAACUUGCGGGCGAGUUCAGUGCCCAGCACCAUGAAAAGACAUCGCCUGUCAAGAUGAAGGCCGGAGACUUAGGGACGCUUGAAGAAAUAGAUACAAUUGAAGAAACAGAUUCCGACAAAUUUGUGUGGCUCGUCAGCCUGACAGCCAGUCUGGGUGGUUUUCUCUUCGGCUACGAUACGGGCAUUAUAUCUGCAGUUCUUAUAUAUCUCCAUGCAGAUCUCGGCCAUGAACUUGCAAAUAGAGAAAAAGAGCUUGUCACGUCCGUUAUGUCUGGUGGCGCUUUUCUCGGUGCCAUAGCUGCCGGACUUACAGCAGAUAGGUAUGGUCGUAAAGGACCUAUCUACAUGGGAUGUGUGCUUUUUAUUGUUGGUGCGGUAAUUCAAGCCACAGCAUAUACUGUUUCUCACAUGGCUGUUGGAAGGGCUAUUGUCGGUCUUGGGGUUGGAAGCGCGGCUAUGAUAAUUCCAUUAUAUAUUGCCGAAAUAUCACCUGCAAAAUUUCGGGGAAGGAUGAUGGGUCUUGAUACAUUAUCAGUUACAGGUGGUCAAUUAGCCUCCUAUGGCUUGGGUGCUGGAUUCGCUCAUAUUGCACAUGGUUGGAGAUGGAUGGUUGGUAUGGGUGCUGGUCCAGCUAUCUUACUCCUAUGCUUACUUCCUAUCUGCCCUGAGUCUCCUCGGCAACUAAUUUAUCAUAAAAAGUUGGACGAAGCUGCGGAGGUCAUUCAAAAGGUCUUCCCAAAUGCCACCGGUGACCAAGUUCAGCAAAAAGUCCGACAUAUAGCUCUUCAUGUUGAAACGGCAAAAAAACUGCGAGACGGCAAGAGUAAUUGGUGGCUAUUUAAACAACUUUUCACCGUCCCCGCAAACUUAAGGGUCACAAUUGCUGCUUGUGGCGUCAUGAGUCUCUCGCAGUUUUCCGGCUUUAAUAACCUCAUGUACUAUUCAUCAACUCUCUUUGCCGUUAUUGGAUUUUCGAACCCCGUGGGUGUGGGCUCGAUAAUAGCUGCAGUAAACUUUCUUUGCACCUUUUUAUACUUUAACAUUGUCGAUCGAUUCGGUCGUCGACAAGUGCUGCUCUCUACUGUUUGGGGAAUGGGCGUUUCUCUAGGCGUAGCUGCAGCUGCAUUUUACUACAUUCCUCUAACUACCGAUCUCUCUAUUUCAGCCGAUACCAAGGUUGGUUGGCCCGCCUACCUUGUUCUUGUGGCUAUGGUUAGCUUAGUGAUAUUCUACGGUUCGGGAAUUGGUGCUCUCUCCUGGGUUUCAUCAGAGUUUUUCCCGAUGGAAGUACGUUCGCUCGGUACUAUGGUCAUGACUUUGUCUAAUUGGGGCCCUAAUAUCAUCAUCUCCUCAACAUUCCUUACACAGAUGGAAAAAACUACUCCUACGGGUACUUUCGCAUUUUAUGGUGUCGUAUGCAUACUUGGAUGGGUAGCAAUAUAUUGCUGCUAUCCCGAAGUAAAGGGUAUGACCCUGGAGAGCAUACGGGAAGUCUUCGAGCAAGGCUUUGGUGUUCAAAAGGCACGAGAAAUUCAAGCUGAAAUGCGGCGGAAAAGUGCCGAUCGAUCUAGUGUAUAA